AUGUCAACACUUCUGUGGGUACCAACAACAACAAACCCUACCAAGUCCUCACAUUGUGCUUCUCAUUCGACGACGUCCAUUGCUCCUCUUGUUGUUGCUGACCACCAAGAUAUUGAUUGCAUUCUUUCUGAAACAAGUACCACCUGUAGUAGCUCGACAUUGAUUCCCAUUAUUACCAAGAACGACCACAAUUUGAAUAACCACAUUGUUAACAACAACAAACACGACGAUUCGUCAUUCCCAGAAUUAUCGAGCCAUUCUCUUGUUCAUUCAUUACUUACCUUUCCAGCAGUCGCUUCAUUUACCAUGAACCCAAAGGACGAAACCAGUAUUGGAAAUACAGUACUCUCAAGCAGUAACAAACGCAUGAUGGCUGUUACUGUUUCAACAACUCCAGGAGAACUUUCUCAGUCCAUGAUUGAAAAACAAAAUGAAGGAACGACGAGUUGCCAGUCUCCCGCCAUAACCCCAAAGUCUACCAACCUCUCCUCACUUUUGAAUGUUGGAUUAACAAAUCCUCUUGAGGGCAUGUUUGGUGAUCAUGAGGAUGAUUUGUUCUUUUCUACAAUUGAUUUGGACUCUAUUUCUCCAGAAUCCAUCAUGAAUAAUCAUACGACGACUGUGCCAUCGGCUCUUCCAAUCGCUCAUCAUGAGGUUUCAGCUCAGGAUCAACUCGCCUUGACUCAAUACUUGGAAAGUGCUCUCCUUUCUCAACAUCAUCCUUCCAUGCAAUUGGGUCUCUCUGCAAACAACAACAAUAAUCAUCUGAUACAUGAAAGUAACCAACACUUAUUACGAGGAGAUUCUACCUUAUUGAAUUUUAAUAAUAACAACAACCUGAUGAUGAUGAUGACUAGUCCAUCGAUGGGUGGAUUCAUGAUGAAUCAACCAUCAUCAUCAUCCAACCUUACGAGUAGAUCCGCUUCCCACAUGUUUACUGCUGCUGCUGGAUUAUCCGCACAACUACAGCAAAUGUAUCCUACGAACAUGCAACAACAAGCACCAAUGGCUAAUCGGUCAUCCUUGUUGAGCGAGAGUCCAUCGGGAAGUAUGAGUAAUCAGGGUCAGAGUAUUCAACCACAGACACAACAACAGAAUCCACUCAUGACAAUGCUUUCUUCUCUUUCCAGAGAACAGCAUGUUGUUCAUGUGUUGAAUAGCCUUCUUCUUUCUAAUAACAACUCAACUCCAACUAACUCACAACCACAGCAACAAUCAACGAUCAUGAACACUUCCAAUCCAUCCUCAUCCUUAAUAACAAAACCACAAGUUGUUUCAUCGGCACCAUCCUCUUCACCACUCUCAACCUCUCUCCAUCCUCCCACUCCACAAGAGAUCCAUAGUGUUUGUGCCGAUAUUGAUGAAGCCUUGAAAGAUUGUACUUCUUCGUUGGGUUUAAUUUGGAGCAAUUCAAAUUCAAAGCAACAAAUCAAGUUGAGGAAUGCAUUGGUAGUGACCACAACAACGCCAACAACCUUCUCAUCAUCAUCAUCGUCCUCUUCGGUCAUGUCAUCUCCUUGCUCUUCACCUCAAAUUCAUUCACCGCUGUUGGUUGCUACAGGCUUUAUGAAUCGAUCGAUCGGAGGUGCACCAUCGAAUUCUCCCUUGGCGACAUCCAUCAAUACAACCAUGACUUGUUCUGCUACUACAGUUCAAACUUCUCCUCAAUCAUUAGGAGCAAUGGAGACUCAAAAUACAGAAACCUCAAGUGUGACACCAGCUGCCAAAUCCAAGACAAAGAGACAAAAGAAGGAAGGCGUCAAGAGAAAGAACAAUGCAGAUCAUGCACACGAUCCAGCAGCAGACCAACAUGAAGAAGAUGACGUCAAUACCUCAAACAAGAAGAAGAAAAAGACAUCCACAAAACGGAACACAAAGAAAGGAAACACGGCCUCCAGUUCAGCUUCUUCAUCCACAACAACAACCACCACUACGACGACGACCAUUUCUCCUCUCGCCAGUGGCGCUGCAGAAUAUGUCUCAUUUUCCAUGCCCAUGAUUCAGGAGAAUAUCAUGAUGACUACGACAACGUCGAACGCCAAUUUACCCCCUCCUCCACCUAAUACGACCGAUCGAAGAAGAAAAUACAGAGUGAGAUUUGGUCCUAACAUGUUUGAUGAGAUUAAUUGCAAAUCAAGUGCUACCUCUUCAAGAAAAUACUACAGAAUUGAAAAGAAGGAAUAA